AUGGCGGAGAAGAUCCUCAUGAACGAGUACAAGGCACUCUCGAAAGAAACCUGGACUAACAUCUCCCUCAUCAACGAGAACAUCUUCGAGUGGAGCGUGUCUCUCGUCGUCCUCAAUCCCGACUCUCUCUACUACGGCGGCUACUACAAGGCCAAGAUGACCUUUCCCAGCCAAUACCCAUACGCUCCCCCGACCUUCAAGUUCGAGCGACCACUGUGGCAUCCCAACGUCUACCCCGACGGACGUCUCUGCAUCUCGAUCCUUCACCAGCCCGGCGAGGACAUCAUGAGUGGGGAGUCAGCUGGCGAGCGGUGGAGUCCUGUGCAACGGGUGGAGAGUGUGCUGAUCUCGGUCCUCUCACUUCUCGAUGACGCAGAGUGCAGCUCGCCAGCCAACGUCGACGCAGGUGUGCAGCUGAGGAACGAUCUGGACGGUUACAAGAGACGUGUUACGGAAGAUCGCGAGACAAGCAAGGCAGACAUUCCGGCCGGGUUCGAGAUGCCAACACACGAAAGUGCUUUCAAGAAGGAGGAGAAGGUCGAGGAGUUCAGCUGGAGCGAUAGCGAGGCAGAAGACGACUUUGACAACAGCGACGACGACGAGGAGAUGUUCGACGACGACGAGGGCACGGAUCAGGAAGAAGAUGACGAGUAG